AGCUGUAACUGAAAGAGGGUGGGGUGUCUCGGCCCGCCCAUCCGCCUAAACUGCUGACUUCCUGGUCUCAGCGGGCCUCCGCUAGGGUAGCAGGCCUCCGAGGCUGCGAACCCCAGAACCAUGGGGCGGGAUGCCAUCCUGGACGCUCUUGAAAACUUGACAGCAGACGAACUCAAAAAGUUCAAGAUGAAGCUGCUGUCAGUGCCACUGCGCGAGGGCUAUGGACGCAUCCCACGGGGGACCCUGUUGCCGAUGGACGCCAUGGACCUCACUGACAAGCUUGUCAGCUUCUACCUGGAGGCUUAUGGCAUGGAGCUCACAAUGACGGUCCUUAGAGAGAUGGGCAUGCAGGAGCUGGCUGAGCAGCUGCAAAUGGUCAUUCAGAAAGCACAUUUCAUUGACCGGCAUCGGCAAGCACUCAUUGCCAGGGUCACAGACAUCGAAGGCCUGCUGGAUGCCCUGUAUGGCUGUGUGCUGACUGAUGACCAGUACCAGGCAGUUCGAGCAGAGACCACCAAUCCAAACAAGAUGAGGAAGCUCUUCGGCUUCUCUCCAGCUUGGGACCUGACCUGCAAGGACUUGUUCCUCAAGGCCCUGAAGGAAAAGCUGCCCUACUUGGUGGCUGACCUGGAGCGGAGCUAAGGUAUUUUCUCCAGCCACAACCCCUACCCAUCUAGCUCCUAACUUUGUAUACACAAUUUAAAAAAAAAAAAAAAGUUUGUACUUUGUUUUCUCUA